CCUCCCCCCAUAGUUCAUUGCGCUGUGAAUAGGUUCCCAGUGGGCGUUAGUUCCCUCAGAAGGAGUCCGGGGGGGGAGGGGGGAGCUCAGCGGAACCAACCAAGAGCGAGCGGCGCGGGGGGAGCGCGGCUGCCGGCGGGGCGGCCGGGGAGCGGAGACAUGAGCACCAAGGAGGUGACCUGUAGGUAUUAUAUGCAAGGGGUGUGUCGUGAAGGAAGCAGGUGUUUGUUUUCACAUGACUUAACUACAAGCAAACCCUCUACUGUCUGCAGAUACUACCAGAAAGGACAGUGUGCCUAUGGAGCUCGCUGCAGAUAUGAUCACACCAGACCAUCUGGGUCUGGUGGUGCAGUGGGUACUGUGCCACCCAGCCGUUCUUCACCAUCGUUCAACAGCCCUAACCCUCUGCCAGAGCAUAACAUGCCUGUAAUCAAGAGCAAAACACAUGAGCCCGGAAAACGCAAAAAAAGAACGUUAGUGCUUAGGGAUAGAGAUUUAUGUGGUUUGAGUGAAGAACAGGUGAGACACAGUGCCGUGAGUGACCCAGUGUGUUGUAGUGACAAAAAUGAUAAUCUGGAAGUGAAGCCCCAUUCAUAUUUAGAAGCUAUUUGCAGUGGGCUCGAAGAUGAUUCAGUGGCUGGAAGUUCCUAUGCUGAUGGACAGCAGCUAUGUCCCUAUGCAGCAGCUGGUGAAUGCCAGUUUGGUGACCGGUGUCUUUACCUCCAUGGAGAUGUGUGUGAAAUCUGUGAAUUGCAAGUACUUCAUCCCUUUGACCCAGAGCAGAGGAAGGCUCAUGAGAAGAUGUGCAUGGCAGCAUUUGAACAUGAGAUGGAGAAGGCCUUUGCCUUUCAGGCAAGUCAGGACAAAGUAUGCAGUAUCUGCAUGGAAGUGGUGUAUGAGAAACCAUCGGCUUCGGAGAGAAGGUUCGGAAUCCUUUCCAACUGCAAUCACACCUACUGUUUGUCCUGCAUCCGGCAGUGGAGGUGUGCCAAACAGUUUGAGAAUCUAAUCAUAAAAUCCUGCCCGCAGUGCCGAGUGACAUCAGAAUUUGUAAUUCCUAGUGUAUACUGGGUAGAAGACCAGAACAAGAAAAAUAAGCUGAUUGAGGCAUUUAAGCAGGGAAUGGGGAAAAAGGCCUGCAAAUACUUUGAACAAGGAAAGGGAACCUGCCCAUUUGGAGGAAAAUGCCUUUACCUUCAUGCUUACCCUGAUGGGACACGAGCUGAACCUGAGAAACCACGAAAACAGCUCAGCUCAGAGGGGACUGUGCGGUUCUUCAAUUCUGUUCGGCUCUGGGAUUUUAUUGAAGACAGAGAAAGUAGGACUAUACCCAAUGCUGAAGAUGAAGUGACUGAGCUUGGAGAACUUUUCAUGCACCUCUCAGGAGCAGAUCAAGAGUCUGCUACUCAAUAAAGGGAACUAAGGAACAAAUGUUGUUUUCUUCUGUACUAAAUCCAGCUGUUUACUUAAAGGAGGUUUUAGUUUUUACAGCAAGCAGUACAAAGUAAUAUGGCUUACUGGUCAGGUCCUUGUAGAACUUUUAUAUAAUCUGUAUACAAACAAUACAGAAGGAUAUUAAAUAAAAGAAACUAACAGGUGUAUGGGGAAAGGGAGCUUUGGGGGUGAUUUUGUACAUACCUCUUCAAAAAAGUUUGGCAACUGGCUGUUUUUAAUGCCUAGUUCUUUAAUAUUCUGGGCCUUACACAGCGAACACUUAGAAGACAUUAUCUCUCUCUUUCACAAAACAGGAGUGGGUCCAGGAAGCUGUACUCCCACCCACCUUGUCUUUCUGAAAGUAAAAGGCUGCAUGGUGAAAUACACCAGUAGUUUGACUUUUAAUCUAUGAAAAGCAAGUAGUAUAGCUAGAACAGAUAAAACCUAGUUACAAG